AAUUAUAGGCAAUGAUUUCAAAUAACAUCACCACAAAAAGAGUCAGUUUGGAUACAAAUGAUUCGCCAAAUAUUGUGCCAACCUGAUUUUAAUUGAUUUAAAAAUAAGCUUUCAUAAAUUCAAAUAGGUUGGCAACUACAAAAGCCUAUCAACUUUCUCAUAGCCUCAGUUGUGAAUUCGGUACCCGCUUCAAAUAGGUACGAAGCUAAUUUUUGUGAAAUUUUUAAAAUUUUUAAUCGUCUAAAAGAUGGUCGAGUACGAAAAAUUGGAACCCUGGAAAGGAAAAUAUGCUGUUAUAUUAUCGGUGAAUUCUUCUAUCGGGUUUGCAGUUGCUGAGAAACUUCUUAAUAUGAAUAUGUAUGUAGUUGGAGUUGACAAUGAUGAAAAUGAUAUCCAAAGCUUACGAUCUCGUGAAAAAUUUAUAUUCAUGAAAGCUGAUUUGAGAAAAGAAGACGAUAUCCUGGAUUUAUUUCAAACUGUCGGGUAUGAUUAUGGAGGAGCUGAUAUGCUGAUUAAUAUAAUGAAAGUGUCCAGAAGCACUUCGUUCUUAGAUUGUGAUAACCAAGAAUGGAAUGAAAUGAUGCAUCGACACAUUGUAGGAUACGCUUUGAGCGUAAGAGAAAUGUUAAGAAGCUUGGUUGACCGAAAAGUCGAACUUUGCCAAAUUGUUAACAUUAUCAACUUUUCAGAUAAUAAUAUUACCAAGGUAUCGCAAAGUCGACUUCAUCAAGUACUGAAACGGGUGAUAAUCACUGUGAAUAAAUAUUUAGAACACGAAAUGGACUUCAGAAUGGAUUUUGUGCGACUUUCGACAAUUUCCAACGUGAGGGAAAGCCUCGAAGAUAUACAACGACGCAGGGUAGUGAGUCCUAGUCAUUAUGCUGAUGCGGUUAAAUUUGUUAUCAGUAUGCCCUUACAUGUUCAGGUUCGAAGCAUUGACUUGGCAGCUUUUUAAAAUUCGAAUGAAAAUGGCCACUUGAAAUAUCUACCUAUAAUUAGGUCGAAAUAUGAUUUUAUAAUGAACUGUAACUCGUGAUUAAUUCGUAAUUUGGAAUUUUUGUGUGCAACGUGAAGUGUGAACUAGAAAAACAAUAAUCCUUCAAUAAAGCAUGAAAGCUAAAA